CCCAUAAAUGUUAGUAGCGCGUGGGGUUCGCAACAGACACGACGGAGAAGGAAGAGACUCCUGAGAAGGAUAGUAGAGAAGGACAAUGAGUCAGCUGUCAGCUACGCAAGGCAGCUCUCAGUGUAAUUCAGCAUCUGGCACUAAGUCAACCGAACUCGCGAUGAGCACGUAUAUACGAAGGACAGAUAGUAGAAAGAUGUGUAGCGUUCGAUCGCCGGACAGUGACUUAGUGAUAGAUUGAUAGUUUGUCAAGAAAAACCCAAUUUCCUAAUAAGUUAAGUGAGAAAAUAUUUAAUAUGGCAAUAACAAACACGCCAGAAACAAAUCCAUAGUAUUUCGAUAAUAUUUUGUGUUCCUUGGAGUUGAGAAAUCCAAGGGGAGAAAGAAGAGAAAAACCUAAAAUAGCCAGGAAGAAUUACGCAGUUAGAGCUUGCUCUCGUGAUAAUGUGCAAUGUAUGUUAAAUAAAUAAAAAUAAACAAUUCAAAUAAGGUAUUAACUUCUAGAUUUUUUGUAAUAAAUGAAUCAAAUGUAAAUAUUUCAUGAAAAUUAAAAUUUAUCGAUCAAAACCAAAGUUUAAAAAAGUCACUCGAUUGACUUGAAGAAAAUCUCCUGAUUAUAAUGUUAAUGCAAGAAUGUAAACUCUGGAAGAAUCCAAACAAGUAAACAAAGUGAAUUAAAAAUUACUGCCCCAUAUAAAUAAAAUACCACCAAUAAAUUGUGAAUCUCACGAUAUAAUGUCGACACGUUGUUGGCACAUGAUCGAAUCGUUCGGUAUGUGUUUAUAAACAGUUAUUUCAACCAAUCGUUUGAGAGUUUUCACGAAAGGCGAAUGUGUGUUGGCUAAAGAUGUUUAUUUUAAAUCAAGAAAUACCGUACAACUCAUGCUCAGCCUUCAGUUCAAUCUUGGACACUGGUUCGAACUACGGAUACGACAGCUUCCCGUAUCACUUGACGAUGGACCCGUUGCAUUAUCCUUUAGCCAGUAAACUGCUGGAUGACAUGAGUAACAAGCCUGCGCCUGCGCAACACGAGAGACGCAUUAAGAGGCCUAUGAACGCGUUUAUGGUGUGGUCUUCUGUAAGGAGGAAGGAGAUCCAGAAGAAGAAUCCAAAAAUGCAUAACUCCGAUAUAUCGAAGAUACUCGGUGAGGAGUGGAAGAAGCUCACUGAGGAGGCUAAAGGACCUUACAUUGAUCAGGCGAAGAUUCUGCGCAUUCAGCACCAGAAGGACUAUCCGGAUUACAAGUACCGACCUCGAAGAAAGAUAAAGUCACCCAAGACAAAUUCAUAUUCGGCGGAACAUGUGCUACUUCCGGAACGCCGCGCUGAUUUUCCGCUAUCAUCGAUUUAUGCUACGCCGAUCAUCAAUCCUUCGCCCAUGCCGUUUACCAUGGGCUACCCCUAUCAUCAGGUGUCUCUCCAGGAUGAAAUGAGAAAUCUGAGUACAUCGUUCGCGCCGACGGUUUCGGCUGACGGCAACAACUAUGCGUCCUUGGACAUCAACAGCUCCUAUCACCCAAUGUCAUCGACAGUUGGUAAUCCAAUAACAUUGACGCAACAUCAUCUGAACGGUCUAAAUUCGUACUUCCCGGCUAGCCAUCAUAUAUGGGGAAACAAUCUGCAUUCCAAUCUUUACGAUUUUCCCGCCACGUCUGGAUCUACCGCAAGCUCCACUGUCACCACUUAUAACGACACGUUAUCGCAAUCUUCUUCAUCACCUAUUGGGGCAUCAUCUACGUUUGAACAGCUUCAUAAGCAUGACUCGGCGACGCUUUGACGAUGAAAUACGAAAAAAUCACGUACCUGAAAAAAGCUAUAUUUAGGAAAAAGGUUAUUGUAUCUAUAGACUGCAUUCGUGCGCGCGUUAUCGAAGCAAUAGCAUCAUACUGUUAUUUUAAAUAUAACAAUAAAGAUAUGUAAUAGUUCUGAUACUGCACUUCCUACACGCAACCGUGAAUUGCAUACAUAAUGAAGAAUGGGUAACAUCAUACACUAGGCGUCAUUGAUGCCUUCCCACUGGAAGUUGACUACUUCCGAUAUAGGAUACGUUAUAUGCACUAUAAUAGAAUCCAGCAGCUUCAAGGGAAAGGCAUUAAUGACGCCUAGCGUCACGUAUAGGACGAAAUGUUGAGUACUCUGCUAAGCUGAAAAAUAAAAACAUACAAGAAUGUAUUUCAUAAAAUCGAAAAAGAAGGGGGAUUAAAAAUGAUUAGAUUUACAUGUAAUAUCUGGAUGUAAUUAAUUAUUAAAUGUUUGAUAAAUUUAAUUCUGUUUUUAUUCUGUUCCUUUAGUUUAUUUAAUUUCAAUUUAAGUUUAAUUUUGCUAAAUUGUAUUUAUAUGAAAUAAUUUUGAUCUUCUGAAAAUUGAAUAUGUUACACUUCCUCAUUAUGAUGUGCACAUUUAUACAAAAUAAUUUAUUUUCCAUUCGCCGUUUAUUAAUAAAAAUUAUGUGAUUGAUCAACAGACAUAUGAUAUAAAUGCAUAUAUUUACACUUAUCUGUAUGAAUGUGCUUAUUUGUUUUAUAUAAUAUAUUUAUUUAUUCAUUUUAUGUAUAUAUAUUAUACGUAAAUGUGUGCGCAUGUGGAUGAGUAUAAGUAUGAGAAAUAAAAUGUAGAUUUAAUUUACAUAAUUUACAAAUAUAAAUAUUUAUAAAAAUUGAAACUGUGCAAAGAUAAAUCAUCUUCGGUUAUUCACAAUAAAUCAUACUGAGUGGUCAUAUUAGUUGAUCAAUCACGCGGUUAAACAUAUAGUCACAAAUUUGUCGUGAAAAGAAUUUAAAAAAAAAAGUUACUCGUUUAUCUUUCCUUAAUUCAUUUUAGAAACGAAUCAAUAUUUUUAAAGAUUUCUUUGAAAAUUCAAACCAAGAAAACCAAAGAAAAUGCAAAGAAAAAACUACGGAUGAAAGUAUCAAAGUAUACUAUUAGAUAGAAAUACAUAAAGUAUUUAAAAUUUCGCGUUUAUUCGUUUUUUCAAAGUUUUUUUAUGUAAAUAAUAAUUUCUUUGAUGUCUCAUUGACAAUUGUCGACUUCAACUGCCUGUAAAAUAAUCAAGAAACCUUUCACGAGAAUUAAGUUACAAAUGUUACUAACGCGACGUUCGUCGAUUGUAUUUUAUAGAAUACAGAAAUUUGUAAGAGACAAAAUUGAACAAUGUAAGUACGUGUAUAUAAUAGAUAUUAAGAGUAAUACUUUUGACUCAUUUUCUUAAUAAAAAGCGUUUUACAAAA